UAGAAAAAUACUCUUACAAGAUUCGAGAGAAAAGCGCGAGUGUCUCGACGACCAUCACUUCCGACUCGGAUCCUCCGCAGAGCUUGCGUAUGCGAGCAGCGAGAGCACGCCGAGCAGGACGAUGGAGACGACGCCGUUGAGGAAGAGCGGGAGCGAGGGGUCCGAAAGCUCGGGCGGGUCCGGAGCCGGAGCUGUAGGAGGGUGGGUAUACCAUCUGGGCGUGAACUCGAUCGGGCACGAGUACUGCCACCUCAGGUUCCUCUUCAUUCGGGGCAAGUACGUAGAGAUGUACAAGCGUGAUCCCAGCGAGAACCCCGGCAUUAAACCCAUUAGGAAGGGUGUUGCAGGGCCCACACUUUUGGUGCAGGAGCUAGGGCGUCGGAAGGUCAACCAGGGAGAUCUUUAUGUUUUAAAGUUUUACAAUCGGUUGGAUGAGGCGAAAAAGGGAGAAAUUGCUGUCGCUAAUGCUGGAGAAGCCCGAAAAUGGAUGGAGGCCUUUGAUCAUGCCAAGCAACAGGCUGAGUAUGAGCUCUCAAAAGGAGGAUCAAUCUGGAAGGACAUCGACCUAGAGUGAGGCGAUAUGCACAUGAGUUAAAAAAGCUUAUAA